AUGACCAAAAAGAGUUUCCACUUUUCUCUUUCCAUCGAACGAAAGCGUCCUUCAGCAAAAGACGUUUUUUAUCUUUUAGUUUAUGUUGUCUGUCGGAAAGUCCCUGACUGCUUACAACAACGCACAAAGAUGAUCAAGCCUGAGCUUGAGCAGAUUAAAGAGUUUCUGCAAGAGGCCAAAGAAAAGAAUGAUAAAAUAUAUCAACCGCAGUCCGCAAUACUUAAAUUACAAGAGGAGGCUGAGAAAAUGAGGGAAGAAAUGCUUAAACUGCAAAAUCAGGUCUGGAUUUUCGAUAAAGGGAACAUUAUUGAACUGACACUGGGCCACCAAUUGACAGUUAGCAUCACGAAGGAAAUAGUGACCCACUUCAGGCAAAAGAAGGAUGUGAUGCUGAUUGAUGUUUAA